AUGGAAGACCCGAGGUAUGAAGAUCACAACUCACUUGACGAGCUCACAGACAACUCAUCAGAUGAGUUGAAAGACUUGCAAAAAGAGUAUGAGAUAAAAUUGAAACAGCUUUUGGAGAAAAAGAGGGCCGACAAAGAGUACAAGAAACGGCAGCAUGAACAACAAACAAGAAGGCAGGUUCUUAACUCACCGCAGAAGAAAAUCGAGAAACCAGCUACUAAGAUACCAUCUUCACCGAUUCAAGGACAUAACAGGAGCAUUCCUGAAACAACCACCAACGUUCAAUCGAAGAAGCCAUCAAACUCUUGGAAAGCAGACGUUGUCAAAAAUUCUAACUUUAUAAGCCAUCUAUACGAUUCUUACAAAGGCGAUCGUGAAAAAAUUGAUUUCGAAAAUAGAGUAUUCGAAUUCAAAGAUAAACCACGAAGAGCAGAUAUAGACGUCGAAGAAUUUGAUGAUCUCUGUCAUGAGCAUUUGAGGAAGAGAUACUUGAAAGAAGAGGCCUUAAAAAGCUUGUUAAAGCAUGUAAGAUUACUUAAGGUGGAGAAAUUAUUGGCAAAAGUUUCUCCGCCACGAUAUGACGAUCCAGAUUAUGAAAAUUGGGCAUUCUUGGGUUUCAUUGUGCACAAGUCAGAUCCCAAGCAAGGAAAAGAUGGAAAAAAGUUUUUGAAGGUAUCGGUUGGAAACUUUUCCCAAACAGUGGAUGUAAUGUUUUUUGGUAAAGCAUUUGAGAAAAACUGGAAACUUAAAGAGGGUGAUUUGGUGGCUAUUUUGAAUCCGCAGAUCAAUAAAUUCACACCGCCUUACAAAGGUUUUAAUCUACGAAUAUGUGAUGACUUAGACUCUAUCCUUGAAAUAGGCUCUAUUAAGCAUUUUGGGUAUUGUUCAGCCAUGAAUCUGAGUAAUAUAAAGUGUAAUAAGCCCAUUAAUACAAGCAAGUCUCUGAUGUGCGUCUAUCAUUUGGAAAUGAGGUAUAGGAAACAGCAGAGUUCACGAAUGGAACUUAGUGGCAGUGUUCAAAUGAAGUCACCACGUCGGGGUCAAAAGAAACAGUCAAUGUAUCUAAAUAAAGAUGGUAAGGGUGGAUUUAUAGAUUUCAAAACAAUUAAUGAGGAUUCAAAAGUUUAUACUCUGGAUGGUAUACCAAUUGAUAGAUCGAAAUAUCACAGUCCAAGUAUUCUUCAGAAUUUGCAGCAGAAAAGAAGGAAGCUUAAGGACCAAGCUUGCAAUAAGCUAUUGGAAAAGCAGCUUUCUCUGCUUUCUGGAAAUUCAACGGUCAGAAAGUUAGGAUUGGUGAAGAGUACUGCUCCAAAGGAGUCGGAGUGUGUCACGCGAGCCUUUACACCAUCAACUUUAAAUAAGCUAGGAUUCAAUCCAAUAGCUCAAGCUUCAGGUCAGGAUAAAAGACACAAGAAAUCUCAAGAUUUAAAGGAGCUCUAUGAAUUGAGUUUGAAGUCAUCUAAAUCUUUGGAGACUUCUCCCGAGAUGCACUCUUCCAAAAUUCAGAAAUGGAAAAAGAACCAAAAAUCAUUUAAUGAGUACAAGAAUAAAACGCAACACAAAAUACCAAACGAUCUGAAAACGAAAAAACUUAGUACGCAAGAAAUGCAUACAUUAAGCGCUGAAGCAGACUCAUCUGAGGACGAUUUGGAUAUAUCGUUUGAAGACGAGACAUGUAGAAAAGAAUACAUUGAGCGGACUUCGCUUCGACCUCAGCAUCCAUAA